CAGGUGUGAAGCGCGCGCCUUGACCUCGCCGCUACAAUGUACCACCUAUUCAAGUCCAUCUACCUGCACGCGACUAGUAAAGAAGAGUAUUCGAUCCUCCUUCUCGGGCUCGACAAUGCAGGGAAAACCACGCUCCUCGAACAGAUUAAGGGCACCUACACAUCGCUGAAUCCGAACCUUAAGACGGUGCCUACCGUAGGCCAGAACGUCGCGACGAUCUCCCUCCCUCCCCCUAGCCCUCCGAUCUACCUCAAAAUAUGGGAUGUUGGCGGGCAACACAGUCUGCGCGGUCUUUGGCAAAGCUACUACAGCUCGUGCCAUGCCAUCGUUUUCGUAAUAGACAGCUCUGAUGUGGGCAACGCCAGCCUUGCUGAGAUGGGUGGUGGCGGUAUCAAUGACGAUCAGGGUCGCCUGGAUGAAUGUCGGUUAGUGCUUGAGUCGAUCCUGUCCAACGAUGAGACAUCCGGUGUACCGAUACUAGUGCUUGCGAAUAAGCAGGAUAGAGAGGAUUGUGUUGAGGUUGUGAGGAUCAAGGAGGGGUUCGUGAGGAAGGUCUUCGAGGGGGAGAAAGGUGGGAAUGUGAGGGACAGUAGGGUUUUACCAUGCAGCGCGCUGACUGGUACGGGUGUGAAAGAGGCGGUGGAAUGGUUGUGUUCAAGAGUGCAGUGGAACAAGGAAGCUAGGCCGCCCGUCAUGAGGUAGGGUGCAUUUGGACUGGGAUGAACGCGGGCGAAACUGGUACAGGUUCACGAUGGAGAGGCGAUAUACCCCUGAUUGUUGGAGCAUUGAAAGAUUCUCACAGUUGCGUAAAGGCUGCACGUAGACACAGUAUGAUUUGACGUGAAAUGUGGCACGGAAAAGGUACGCAACCUUGCAAAGGCCGGUGCUGAGAUCUACACAAAAAGUGGGAUGAAAGGGAGGGCCUCUGGAAGAACAACUGUCAGCAC